AUGAAUAAAGGGAAUCUCUUUAGAGAAUGUGAUCGCCUGAGGACCUUUGAAGAGUGUCCCUUUGGGAAUAUUGAUAGAGAUCUGUUAGCUAAACACGGAUUUUACUACAACCAACCCGAGGGUAAAGUAAAGUGCAAAUUCUGCGAUCUUUCUUUUACCGAGUGGCAAGGACAAUACUACAAUCCUAUUUUAUUCCAUCGGGUGUAUUCCCCAUUGUGUCCUAUUGUGAUUCAUCAGGCUCUCCGGAAUGAACCCCUCGAAGUGGAUGAUAUAACUCGAGUGAAUUACGAGGCUGAAGAUAUACCUAACUGCGAUUCAGGUCCUAAUGAGCGCUUUAUGACUCUGGAGACACGUCUGGAAAGUUUCUCAGAUUGGCCCGUUGGGAUGCACACGAGACCAGAAGAUCUCGCUGAAGCAGGAUUUUACUAUUCAGGCCGUGGCGACAUUGUUUUCUGCUUUGUUUGUGGUUUGAAGAUAAAUCAGUGGAAGAUCUUCGAUGAUCCUUUUGUGAAACACGCUAAAUUCAGUCGGAACUGCACCUUUCUGAAGGCUAUUAAAGGUGAAGAAUUUAUUAAAAGUGUUCUAAAGGAUGAAAUGAUAAAACUCUAUGAACUGGAGACACAGAAUUCAGAUGAUAUCCUACCUGAUGAUCUGUGUUCAGUUUGUUAUCAACGGAGGAGGACAAUGGUUUGCGUGCCUUGUGGACACUUUGUGAUGUGUGAGCGAUGCAGUGAUUCUCUGAACAAAUGUCCAGUUUGUGGGAAACUACUUUCAAAGAAAAUUAAUGCAAUCAUUCUAUGA